AUGUCAUCCACCGAUGAGCUCGCCAAGUUCAAUUCACUUACCAAAGAAGAGCGACUAAUGUCGUCCACGCGAAUCCGCGCCAAAUAUCCGCAAAAAGUGCCGAUCGUUCUUCACCGCAGCGCUGGAAAUACCGCCGUUCCAGAGCUCAAUCGUUUCCGAUAUUUGGUGCCUUCGGACUUGCGCGUCUCUGAGCUCAUCACAGUGAUCCGACGAAACAUCAAAGACCCAAAGUUCGACGAGUCAAAAGCGCUCUUUUGA